AUGCUCAUUCAUUUCUCAUCCCCUCAUGGAUUGCAAGAGACCACUGACUUUGUUUCUCAUCCCGAUCCUCCGUUCUUUUCCUCCUCUUUUGGUGGGCUUCUGUUGGUUGCAGAAGAAGCAAAAGUAAAGCAAGAAGAUCGAUGGCAAUUGCUUUCUCUCUCACCCAUCUUCCCAACAGUGGAUGAAACCUCUCAAAGCUGUGAUGACAUUGAGAUUCUUGCAAAUGGGGAUGAGUCAGAAGAAGGCGACAUUUUACCUGAUUUGGAGGUUUUGGAGUUGAGCCUGUUUGCCGAAAUUGAGAGCAAUACUGGAAGGGCAACCGUCAAUAAGAAGCUUCUCAAAUCUCAAUUAUUUGAGAUUGGAAGAAUUUACUGCGAUCGGCUUGAAGAUAUUUUUGAAGAGAAUGAGAUUGAACCUGAGAUGAUCAGAAGUGAUGGUCAUCAGCUCCCAAGAUUCAUCCAUUGUGGGAAUGUGUUUUUAUGGAUUUGUAGCAAAGAUUAUCUUCUGAUUGAUGAAUGUUGUAUUUCUGAAAGCUGGAGUUUGUAUAGGGCAAAGAUUUCCAGUGAGCCCGGAAAGUAG